AACACAAACAACAUCGGAUUAAGCUCUUUCUCGAUCGAAUCAUUAUUUCUUUAUCAAAUCUUUUUCUGUUUCUUUCUUUGUCGUGUCGAAGCUCUCCGCUGUUAGAAUUCCAGGGAUCAUCCGCUUUUGUGUUUGGAUACGUAAAUGCUGCUCGGAAUCAGAUCUUGUAAUGGAAAUCUUGCUAUGUCUUUUGGUGGAUAUUGAAUCUCAAAGAUUUCGAAUGCUUUAAAAUCAAAUAGCUGCAUUGUAUUGCAUGUCUCAUCAGCAUUUCCCUGUAUUGGUUAUAGGGUUGUACCUCUUCUUGAAGGGAAUUUUUCUUGAUGGAUAAUGGUCCACGGAAUAUAGAGGUGAUUCCAGAUCAUUUUCAAGUUUCAACUGCUCAAAGCAAUAACCCAUCUACUUUGCAGCAACAAACUGAUAAUUCUUUGAGGAUAGGUCCCAUAGCCAAUUUUGGACUCGAAGAAAAUUGAGAAGUGCUGGAUUCAUUAUGAAUUUGUUUAGUUUACCUGGUAUGCCGUGGGGUUCUAGCAGUGAUGGCCAAGAGAAGGUGCAGGUUACGGCUGCAGAGUUAGAAUCACUUCGGUCAGAAAUUGCUGAUUUAGAAGAGAGAGAAGCUCACUUGAAAGCUCAGUUGGAACAUAUUGAUGAAAUCUUACGAUCUGCUCAUCUUUCUGGCUACUUGGACAUCCGAACUAGGUGGGCAGCUCUACCAGGAGAACCUCCUCCUAUCGAUGAUACUGACGUUGAUGAUUGGCUCCCUCGAUUUGUUGUCCUUCAUGGCACAUGUAUCUUUUUCUUUUUGUCAUCAACAGAUUUGAGUCCUCAAGACUCCACCCUCCUAUCUGAUAUUGUUGAGGUGGGUUCGCUGCCCAGCUUUACUAGAGAAGAUGAAGGGAUAAGACAUUGCUUCUAUAUCAUGACAUCCCAAGGACUGCGAUUUGAGUGCUCACAUAUUUCCAAAGCACAGGUGGACUGUUGGUUAUCAGCUUUGCAAUCUGAUUGCAACUUGGGUUUGGAUGUAAAAGUUCCCAAUGGUUUGACAGAGAAGUGAAAUUAUUCAGACCUUUGUAACAUUAAAUUGUAAAUAGGGUCAGGGUUUAGAUCAAAUUGGACUGUAACAUUGCUGCUAACAUAUUCGUUGUCUUUGUACAUGUGAUGUUAUCUUAAAUAAUUCCAGUUAUGAUUCUUUUGAGUAAACCAACGGAAUGGGCUUCAUGAUCCCUUAUUCCCUUGCUUUUCCUUGGAGGAUUUAUUCCAUUUAUUUAGAUUAUUCUGCUCAUGGCCGAUUGCUUGUUCUAAU